AUGACAGUCUACCAUAAAUCAAUGGACUUUAGCCGAGUUAGUAGCCCUACUAUAUCUGUGGAAUCGGAUAAUGCAGAGUUGGAACUGCCGAAACUUACACCUGAUGAUACUGUUAUCGCGGUGAUGGGGAUUACGGGCGCUGGAAAGAGUACCUUUAUUUCUUACUUUGCGUCGGACGCCAAAAUCGGACAUGAACUCCAGUCGUGCACUUUUGAUAUCGGUAUCCACGCCGCUACUAUUGGCGAUAAGAAGUUUUACUUAAUUGAUACCCCUGGCUUUGAUGAUACCCACAGAUCCGACACGGAAAUUCUUCGUCAAGUGGCUGACUGGCUGAACCGUUCAUACCAAGCCCAGAUUCGGCUGGCUGGUAUCGUCUACCUUCACCGUAUUACAGACAACCGUAUGGGCGGAACGGCUUUGAAGAACCUGAGCAUCUUCAAGAAACUCUGUGGUGAUGAGGGCCUGUCUUGUGUCGUGCUUGUAAUAACGAUGUGGGGGUUGGUGUCGCGAGAGGAGGGUGAGAGACGCGAGCAUGACCUCUCGACAAAGCCAGAAUACUGGGCCGGUAUGGUGAGUAGGGGAAGCAAGGUCCUCCGACUGGACAAGGGUACCGUAUCGGCAUUAGCCGUAAUGGAGCACAUUUUCGCUCAAAGGCGGCGCAUCACCCUGGAUAUCCAGCAAGAGAUGGCCAGCGGCAAGACGCUAGACGAGACAAGUGCAGGCCAGGAAGUGCAAGCAGAUCUGGCGGCCCUACGAAAGAAGCACAAAAAAGAUCUAAAAAAGCUUCGCAAGGAAAUGGAGCAGGAGUUUAAUAAGCGUGACGCGCGUGCCAGAGAAGAUUUUAUUCAAGUUCGUGUCGACCUAGAGAAGAAAAUUCGGCUUGCCGCCCAGGAUAGUGAGCGCUUGCGUGUCGACGUGAAGCAACUACAGACCCAACGGAACGAGGAGCUACAACGAUUGCGCGAUGAAGCACACAAGAAAGAGAUGGAAGCUCAAAAACAGUUGAUGGAGCUCAGGAUCCAGCUGGAUCUAGCCAGACAACAGAAUGAGUUUGAAGCUCAAAUAGGGGACAUGAAGGCAGAAUUGGUAAAAAAGGAAGCUGAAGCUGCGGAUAGGAAGAAGAAAAAGGAAAGCGAUUGUGUGGUUAUGUAG